AUGAACAAAGAAAUGUUGAUGUCAGGACGACCGAUCAUGGAUAUGGCUUCUCCGUCCACCACGCGGAGAAGUGCUUCUGCUGCGCCACGGCGUAGCGACAAUACUACCUCUGCAUCCUCGUCGUCAGUGCCGCGAAGCAGAAGCAACACGAGUAGCGAGGAUAAGAAAGUAGUGGGUCUUGUAAACCCUCGUUUCUUCUGCUUCUACAACUCGCUUCUACAAGUUCUGUAUCACACAGAUGAGUUUAGGGAGUAUUGUGUCGAAGGCUCUGCGCGCACAGAGAUGCAACGAGCGGCUGCGCGAAGCGAGUCCAUCCCAUUGGACGAAAAGCUGGCGAAGAAACUGCAAGUCCAAGAGCGGCUGCGCAAUUCCAACAGGGGUCAGCAGCCAGUAGUGCGUGUGCAGGAGGACUUAGGUCGGAUAUUUGCGGCAAUGUCAAAGACCCGAAACGGUGGAAGUCUCCGGCCGGAUGAUAUUCUCGUUAAGAAACUGUUUCAGGGGAGGAACCAUCACAGGCUCAUGCAAGACUCGCACGAACUCUUCAAUCGGCUUAUGGCGCGGUCACAUGACGAGGUCUGCCCGAAAGCAGAUCGUCGCAGUGAGAUCGAAAAGCACUCGUCAGGGCCCUACAAGUUCUUCGGUGGAUUCCUGCAACAGAGUGUCAUGUGCAGCAGCUGCAAGAAGGUAGUGCUAGAAGAAGUCGUGUGUUGAACAAGUAGUAGUGGUAGUACCAUGACGAAUCGAAAAACUGCGAGUUUGUGAUUCAUCUUUUCUCACUUGACAUUCAAAGUGGAGAUGCAUACUAUGAUUUUGUUCAACUACCUAACGCUUUUCAUUCAAAUCCAAACUUUAUCUACCCCGCAGGCUUCAACGCGCACUGACCCAGUAAUGGAAAUUUCGCUGAGUUUUCCUAUAGAAAACCAAAGAGGAGGAAAUCAGCGCAGUAACAUGUUCAACUUUAGAGGUCAGCAGCAGCACCAAGGCCGUGGCGGUGGCGGCGGUCAAGUGCAUGUCGAGGACUUGCUCCGGCACUACUUCAAAAGAGAGCAAUUGACCGGUGCGAACAAGUACCUUUGCUCUUUCUGCAAAACAAAGCAGAACGCGUCGAAGUUUCAGGAGAUACAUCAAGCGCCACGACGGCUUGUGCUUCACUUGAAACAAUACGACGACUGCGGGCGCAAAGUCAACAAGCGCAUCACUCUUCCCCCGGCCCUUGAGCUAUCUCAAUUUACAACUUCUCCAGACUCUCAGUGCGAAUACCAUCUUUACGCGACAUUGCAUCACUCGGGUGCAACGACACAAGACGGCCACUACUACAGUUUCGCUAAGCUUCCCGAUGGAAGCAAUCGAAAAAAAUGGUAAAAAGAUUAUAUCUCUUUAUGAUGGGCCAGGGCCUGGGCCAGUAUUUAUUCUUGUGUGUAUUCUAGAGAAAGACGGACUCUCCCCUCUGAAGGAGAGAAGUGUUGACUCAGCUCCAACAACAUCUAAAAGCUAUAUGAUGCACGGAAUUUAUAUUUGAAUCUAUCAGGUACUGUUUCGACGAUAGCCAUGUGAGUGAGAGUUCGUAUGAACGUGCAACGAACUUCAACGGUGGUGGUCGUGGCAUGUUUAGUACGAUGACUGGUCCGUAUAUGGCCUUUUACGAGCUAGUGCGAGGCGAGCCGCGCAACCUCCUGAAAGAGGAACGCAAACGCGAGAAGGGCGCUGCUAGCGCCGCUCAGUCGGAGGUGGGGAAUGAACCUAAGUCCAAGAAGAUGAAGAAAAAAGAGGCACGGGAGAAGGAAAUGAUACAGAAAGCUCGACAAGACGCGGCUUCAAGUUCAACAUCUUCUUCGCUCUCCAAGCCUGGCGAAGUAGAAGUUCUCCCGAAACGCAAGUCAGAGAGUACACUAGAAGUUACAACAUCAACAAAUGCUGACUCUUCGCAGCAAGAUGUUUCAUCGUCCGCCUCAGUAGCUACUUCGGCAACGCCCGGGACAAAAAAGAAUAUGCGUGAGCCACCGUCCGAGGUGAAGAUGCCAAGUUUCGAUACUUCUCUAGGUCUAGCGGAAGCUUCACAUCCCUUCCUGAAUCACAAGAAAAAAGUAGUUGAUAGGCCAACCCCAACCACCUCAUCUUCAAGUACUUCAUCUCUUUCGACAAAUGAUGUGCUUGUGCCUGCGCCAACGCCCGUGACCACAUUUGUAACUUGCUCAUCUUCAUCAUCGUCGAGUUAUACUUCCCCCCAGCACGCACAGACAUCCUGCAAUUCCUCUAAACAGGAUGCUCUCACGCCCUCAACAUCAAGUGGGUCAUCGCCGACCGCAUCGCCUUGCUCUGUGACAAGUGCUGAAGAGGUGGCCCUGACGCUGGUGUCACAAGCAAAGGACGUUUUUCCGAAGAGCAACAAGUGCGAGAUGUCAACAUCGGUAUCUAGCUGCACCACGAACACGUCUAAAUCAUCACUCCAGCUUCCUUUGGGUCGUAGCUCAAAUGAUCGAAGUAGUACUACAGGGGCAAAGGUGUCUGUAGUUGCGGCUGCUACAACUUCUAGUAGUGGAGAUGAGCAGCGUUCGUCUUCACCUACCGACACUUCAAAGACUGUCAUCGCAGCUGACGACGAACGAAAAGGAUCAUCUGGGAGGCCGAAGAAAAAGCGAAGGAAGUCAGACCCUCUGCGCGAACUUAGACGGCAACUUGCGGAAGCGCAAGAUACGAAGGACGACGGCGAGUCGGGUGCCGCUGUUCCGCAAGUGAGACCGGAUGCUGUCAUUAUUCCUGUGGAGACCACGACUUCUCCGCUCGAUGAUGCAGCGGCAAAUGAAUUUACAAAAGCGAAACGAAAGAAAAAGAAGAAAUCCCAGAAACGGUCUACCACUGAAACUGGUGGAGAACAAGACCAGAGCAAGGUUAUAGGUGAAGAUGUUGAUGAACUGCGUGAGCCUCCGACCAAGCAGCCUCGUUUGGUAACAGCAAUCGCAAUCUCAACUCCCUGCCCACCUUCGACUUCAUAUUGCUCGGAAGGGACUUCAUCUGCAGAAAUGACGGCACCACAGCAAACUCCCAGUCCUUCUCCCAUAGUAACGGAACAGGAAGAGCAAGUCGAUGCGAAACGCGGCUCAUCUUCGUCGCAUGCAGCAGAACCCAACAUCGACCACAACCUAACCUCUACAACCAUUCCAACAGCAAAGUCAAAAAAAGUGAAAAAGUCCGACAUGGCUUUUCGCAAGCGCAAAAGCGAAAGUUGUGUAACACAGUAUGGCGCAGCUGCCGUUUCCGCUUGGUCUGAUUCUGAAGACGAGAAGGGCCCUCAAAAAGGCAAAAAUCUUUCGUCCCAAUUCAUGGCCGCUCAACGCGCUUUGCAGCCUAAUGUCCAACAGAGGGACGCGCAGGACCUUGAGUAUGACCAGGGCAAGGCCAAGCACAAGGUAAAAAAAGCGGCUUCACAGUCUGAAACGAAUUUCGCGAAAAAUAGCCGGCAAAUGUUCGAUGCUGCCGGCAAAGCGAAGUUCUUUCCCGCAGAUAGUUCGAAUACCGGCAAUGAUCAUGGAUCGGACGGAGGCAAACGUGGUAAAGGUCGGAAGGAUGGCUGGAGCGGCGGCAAAGGCAAAGGACACGGUAAAGGCAAGGGUAAAGAUCAUAAGGGCAAGGGGAAAAAUGGUAAAAAUGGGAAAGGCAAAGGAAAGGGAAAAGGAAAGGCUGGAAAAAAUAUUCACGCUCGGAAGCCGUGGUGAGAAAUGUUCCAUCAAGGGAUGGAUAUCUUUGUCCCGAACAUGCCUAGUAGUAGUACUCACGUCGUAAAAAGUCACCCUAUACACGGAUCCUAUGGAGGUUCCAGUCCUACUUGUAAUGGCACACUUCUGCAAUGACAUCAAUGAGAAUGCCAAUUGAUUUUUUCUCCAUUACAUGUCAUGAUGAAUCCGAUUCAACCCAAAUUCGAAUCUAUUUUUAUGAUUGACAUGGCCAUCGCCAUGGUGCUCGUACUUUUCCCCCUGUGCCAUCAAGGGCUGGGCGAUCGAUAAUUCCAUGCAAGAGUCGUUGCGUUUAUGGAGGGAUGUGAACAAUAUCGUGC